UAUAAAUACCCAUGUCACUUCCCUUCCCAUCAUCACUCGCAAAUUUACAUACAAAAAGCGAGCGAGAGAGUGAGACAGAUAACAGAGACGCCACUCAAUUUCUUCCAAAAAACAAAAAAAUGCCUUCUGCUCCAUCUAUAACUCUGAUCUCAAAAUGCAGAGUCUUCCCAGACCAGAAAUCCACCAUGGAAGACCUCAAGCUUUCAGUCUCUGACCUUUAUUUGCUCCCUCGUCACUAUAUUCAAAAGGGUUGUCUCUUCACUCGUCCUUCAAUUCCAAUUGAAUCCCUUGUUUUCCUUCUUAAGAAUUCUCUCUCUCAAACACUUUCUCACUUCCCUCCACUCGCUGGUCGCUUCAAAACAGACCCCAAUGGCUACAUUUACAUCACCUGCAACGACGCAGGGGUUGAUUUCCUGCACGCCACUGCUACCCAUCUCUCCAUUCGCGAUAUUCUUUCACCAGUUCAUGUGCCGGAGUGCGUCAAGAGCUUCUUUGCUUUUGAUCGUACUGUUAGUUACGAUGGACAUUUUAAGCCAAUUUUGGCCGUUCAGGUGACGGAGCUAGCAGAUGGGGUUUUCAUUGGCUGUGCCUUGAACCAUUCUGUCACAGAUGGAACUUCCUUCUGGAACUUCUUUAACACCUUCGCUGAUAUUUCUAGAGGAAUUAAGAAAAUCUGCCGAAUGCCUGAUUUUUCAAGGAACUCGGUGCUGAUAUCUCCGGCGGUGCCUCAAGUCCCUGAAGGUGGCCCCAAGGUCACGUUUGAUGAAAACGAGCCAUUAAGUGAAAGAAUCUUCAGCUUUAGCAGAGAAGCGAUUUUGAAGCUCAAAGCCAGAGCUAACAACAAGAAAUGGAUUCAGAAUUCAGGCAUUGACACUGUCGAAUUAAUGGGGAAACAAAGUAAUGAUCUUUUAUGUAAUCAAAUCAACGGGAAGACGAUGACUACAAUUCUUGAAAACUCGUCCAAGAACGCCGUUUCGAAACCUCAAGGAAUGGAGUCCAACAAAACUCCACCACCACCAGCAGCAGCACCAGCAGAGAUUUCUUCUUUUCAAUCAUUGUGCGCGCUGCUGUGGAAGGCAGUGACGCGGGCGAGGAAGCUGAGCCCGGAUAAAACGACGACGUUCAGAAUGUCGGUGAAUUGCCGGCACCGGUUGAACCCGAAAUUGGAUCCACUUUAUUUCGGAAACGCAAUUCAAGGCGUAUACACUUACGCAUCAGCAGGCGACGUGUUAUCUCAGGAUCUGCGCUGGUGUGCCGAACAAUUAAAUAAGAACGUGAUUGCUCACAACGACGAAAUGGUACGUCGUUUUGUGGAGAAUUGGGAGAAGAAUCCACGGUGUUUCCCGUUGGGGAACUUUGAUGGUGCAACAAUGACCGUGGCUAGCUCGCCUAGAUUUCCAAUGUACGAUAAUGAUUUUGGGUGGGGCCGACCUUUGGCCGUUAGGAGUGGUAGGGCCAACAAGUUUGACGGUAAGAUCUCGGCAUUUCCUGGACGAGAAGGCGGCGGCAGCGUGGAUCUGGAGGUGACUUUGUCGCCUGAAACAAUGGCUGGGAUUGAGUGUGACGAUGAAUUCAUGCAAUAUGUAUCUAACUAAGCUGAUGUUGGAUCAACGGUGAUCAUGGUGACGACAAUGUUUUGGUGAUGUGGAUGAUAUUCUGGUGACUACUUUCAUCUUUUGUACUUUUGUGACAUACUUUUCUAGUAAUAUUAUUGCCUUUUUCUAAAUAUUUCUCAAGUUUGGUGUUUUGGGUUCCAUCGUCAUGAUAUUUGAUGAUAUUACUAUAUGGAGGCUGUGUCUAUC